AUGAAGUGGUAAGUCAUACCAAGCUUUUUGCGAACUUCGUAGCUGUACACAGGUGUACGUAAUUAUCGGAGUUCUGAUUAUAAAAGGGCCCAAUGGGCGAAAGUUAUAGGUGUUGUUGUUGUUGUUGAUAAUAAUGAUGAUGAUGAUGAUGAUGAUGAUGAUGAUGAUGAUGAUGAUGAUGAUGAUGAUGAUGAUGAUGAUGAUGAUGAUGAUGAUGAUGAUGAUGAUGAUGAUGAUGAUGAUGAUGAUUACGCAACUGUUUUGACAAGUAAUUUUAAAAAAUAUGGAUGA